AUGCCCCUCGAACUGCACCCCGUCGUCGAAUCGGACUUCCCCGACUUCGUCCGCAUCCAAGUCGCAGCCUUCAAUAAUGGAAUGACUGCCUACCUCGUCCCGCGCCCCGUCUCGGAAGACUGGAUAGAGAAGUCCGUUGAUAAGCACAUCAAAUGCUUCCGCGCCGAGCCCGACUGCCGCUUCCUCAAAGUCAUCGAUACCGAGCAGAGCGGGCGCAUGAUCGCGGUCGCAAAAUGGCGUAUCAAUGAGAAGGAGAGGACAGAAGAGCAGAUCCAGCCCAUGUUGCCGGUGCCCGGAGAAGAGCAGGAGGGAAACCCGGCGGCGCAGGAUUUCAUGUGGUAUCUGAAUCGCGUGAGGAGGGAGUUUAUGGGGACGAAGCCUUUUUAUUUCCUUCAUCUCCUUGUAACACAUCCGGAGCAUCAACGACGAGGCGCGGGAGCCAUGCUGGUGAGAUGGGGUAUAGAGCAGGCGGAUAAGGUGCAGCUGCCGUCUUUUCUCGAGGCAACAGAAGUCGGAAGGCCGCUGUAUGCAAGCUUGGGUUUCAAUGGGGUUCACGAGGAGAUAUUCGAUCUGUCAAAGUACGGCUCGCAGGGGAGGGAUAGAAGUACCGUCAUGAUUCGCCAUCCGCCGAAUUAG